AUGGCGACGACCCCGUUCGUCCGUGCAGGAUGUGACAGAUACGCUUGCUACAGUGAUCCUCGAUCGACCUUCCCUGUCUCCAAGGGCCCAGUCCCGGCGGAUGGUCUACGUCGCUUCCCCGGCGUGACCGUGGGUCUUCUUCCAACCCGCCAUGCGCCAUGCGCCAUGCAUCAUGCACAGUAUCUGUCUGUAUGA